AUGCUACUGAUGGCCUGCAUGCCUGUUGUAAUUUUCUAUUUGAUUUGGUUGGUUAACACUUCUGAAAGCAUACGGAGUGAAGAAGGAACGCUAUUGGAUCUUGUAUGUUGGCCUGACGGAAAUGCUAUUCCUGUUAUUAUUGCAAGCGGAUCUGUAAUUGCUGUAGUUAUAGAACUGUAUGGAUUGUAUCAGUUGUUCAAGGCUGGACUUCCAAAGAAAGAAUAUAACGUAACCAACGGAUUGUAUUAUUAUAUCUGGUCGCUCAUUGUGAUGAUAAUCGUCUUCCUGGCGAUCAUGUUUUAUUCAGGCCUUCAGUCAACAAUAAUACGAGCAAAAAUCAAAGGAGGUAUAACCAAAGCCAUGCUACGAUACGCCAGCCAUCUUCCAUCAAAAGUGGCCAUAGAUCGACUUCAAACAAGGUUUCAUUGCUGCGGCCGCGUCAACUUUCAAGAAUGGUUUUAUAUCCCGUGGUAUACGACGGGGGAAGUUAUAGAUCCAAGCAUUCUAGAAAAUCGGAAAUACGUAGCGGAUAAUGUUCCGUACAGUUGUUGUUCUAUGGACGCGAUGUGGCCCUGUAUACACCACGGCAUCACGAAAAUGGGGGCUAUCUAUAAGUAUAACCCUGCUCAACAACUUACCAUAUGGAAAGAUGGGUGCGAAGAAAAGUUGAUCAACGAAAUGAUGACAGUAUCAUGGCGAUUCAAUGCUGUGAUGGCUUUGAUCAUAAUAGCUAUGAUAUUACAAGUGAUGGCGGUUCGGUAUUUGCACACUGCUUACAGGAACGGUUUGCACGCCGGAAACCCAGUUCCAUGUAAAGCUUACCUACUUCGUUCACUCACCGAUACGGAAGCGCAGUUUAAGAACACUCUGAAGAAGAAAGUGUUUAGGAAGAGGAAGCACAAACAGGCUAGGACGCUGCAAUGGGUGACUGCCGCUUACAAGCCGGUGCGGUCGACUUCAGCGUCCGACGCCAACAGUUCCGAUGAGUUGUUGAAGCCCAUUCAUGAAUGA